UAGCUAAUACCUAUUCUCUUAGUCUUCCCUUGGUGUUUAAUUUUUCUCUUUCAGAAGCUCGUACUCUCUUCAUUCAAUUCCAUUCCCUCAACAUUUCCCUUUGCAUAGUGAGAAAAAAAAAUUAAAGAAGAAAGCCUGAAAUGGCUGAGCUGCAACAUUCAGAGACAAAGAGCAGCUCGAAUUCAAGCUCGUCGCCGCCGUUAUCGCCGUCAUCACCGAGGUUGACUCACUCGACUCCUAACUCGACCGAGUCCGUAUACCAUAUGGGUUUGGAUGGUAAUAAAAAGAUGAAGAGAAUGAGGGAGUCGAACAAGCACACCGUUUACCGCGGUGUCCGAAUGCGGAACUGGGGAAAAUGGGUGUCCGAAAUCCGGGAGCCACGUAAAAAAUCCCGCAUUUGGCUCGGCACUUUCCCUACACCGGAAAUGGCAGCUCGAGCGCAUGACGUAGCCGCUUUAAGCAUCAAGGGCAACUUGGCUAUACUCAACUUCCCCGAACUCGUAGACGAGUUACCUCGGCCUGUAUCUUUAGCACCACGCGACGUCCAAGCCGCGGCGGCCAAAGCUGCUCACAUGAACAAAUUCGACUCCCAAUCACCAUCACAAUCUUCCACUUCCACAUCCACUUCAACACUGUCAUCUUCGUCGUCGGUAUCGUCUCUGGUUUCUCAGAUUGACUUAUCUUCAGGGUCAGAGUUAAGCGAGAUAGUCGAGUUGCCUAUCCUCGGGACGAGUUACGAUUCAGUCGAGCCGAAGAACGAGUUCGUUUUCAUGGACUCAGUGGAUGGUUGGUUUUACCCUCCACCAUUGCUGCAAAAUAUGGAAGACUGUGGGUAUGUUUGUGAUCAAUUACUACAGCCAGAAAGCAUUUUACAAAAAUGGUUUUGAACGAGGUUUGCUAUGGGAAUAAUUAGUGUUUUUGGUUGUGAUUUGUGAGUGCGAUGUUUCUUCUGGUUUUGAGCCUUUUUGCUUUUUCUUUCAAGGGCUAAACCUCUCUCUCUUUCUCUAUGGAUCCAUCACUGUACAGUGU